AUGCCUCGAAUUAAAGAAUGGAUCGAGAAGCUCGAGGUGCCAACGGAGCCCGGGCUGACCAACACUCAGUUGAUGUUGACGAACCGUGACUUGCGGCCAGUCGAAUAUGAGCGUCGUCAAUGGAGAUGGUUCAACUUUGUCGCCUUCUGGAUCGCAGACUCGUUAAAUAUUAACACAUGGAUGAUCUCAUCCUCAAUGAUUGUCGAUGGCCUGUCCUGGUGGCAGGCGUGGAUUUGCGUUUGGGUUGGAUAUUUUAUUGCUGCUUGCUUUGUCUGCUUGACCGGUCGCAUCGGUGCAGUCUAUCACAUCUCGUUCCCGGUCGCAUGCCGAUCCACCUUUGGAAUCUGGGGUUCGUUCUGGCCUGUCUUCAACCGGGCAGCCAUGGCGGUGGUCUGGUAUGGUGUCCAAGGUUAUAUUGGAGGCGAGUGUGUGACCUUGAUGAUCCAGUCCAUCUGGCCAAGUUAUAAGAACCUGCCCAAUCAUAUACCUGCAAGCUCUGGGGUUACCUCCAAAGACUUUCUGAGCUUCUUCCUUUUCUGGCUUCUCUCGUUGCCGGCCCUCUGGUUCCCGGUUCACAAGAUCAGGCACCUCUUUACCGUCAAAGCGAUCUACUCUCCCAUUGCUGCCAUCGCCUUCUUCGCCUGGGCCAUCUCCCGUGCCAAUGGAAUCGGUCCGAUCGUCCACCAACCCGCCACAGUACAUGGUAGCGCCCUGGCUUGGGCUGUUGUCAAGUCCAUCAUGAGCUGUCUCGGCAACUUUGCAACCCUGAUUGUGAAUGACCCUGACUUUUCGCGGUUCUCUCGGACGCCCAAGGAGGCGCUGUGGUCGCAGCUCCUCACGAUUCCGAUCGGGUUCGGCAUCACCUCCUUCAUCGGCAUCAUUGUUUCGUCAUCGUCGGCAGUCAUCUUCGGCGGUGACUUUGUGUGGAAUCCGUUGACCCUGUUGGGGCAGUUCUUGGAGGGGGCCAGCUCCGCUGAGCGCUUCGGGAUCUUCAUUAUCUCGACUGGCUUUGCUCUGGCUCAGCUGGGUACGAACAUCUCUGCCAACUCGGUCUCUGCUGGUACCGACAUGACGGCCUUGUUGCCUCGCUACCUCAACAUCCGACGGGGUAGUUAUAUCUGCGCUGCGGUUGGUCUGUGCAUGUGUCCGUGGAAACUUUCGUCCUCGUCCAACCAGUUCACCACCUAUCUUUCGGCCUAUUCCAUCUUCCUCUCGUCGAUCGCGGGGCCCAUGAUCUCUGACUAUUACGUCGUCCGGAAAGGGUAUCUACGCGUGAAGGAUCUGUACAGUGCCCAGAGUGACUCGGCGUACCGCUACAUAUUUGGCUUUUCUUGGCACGCAUACGCUUCGUAUCUCUCGGGCAUUAUCAUCAACAUUGUCGGAUUUGCCGGUGCUGUGGGGCGAAGCGUGCCGGUCGGAGCCCAGUACAUCUACAACAUCAACUACUUUUCCGGGUUCGUUGUCUCAUUUGUGAUGUACUGGGCGCUGACGAAGCUGUUCCCCAUCCCCGCCACCAGCGACAAGUGGCACGAGGUCGACGCCGAUGUUGACGAAGAUCGUCUGUCCAUUGCCGAUGGAGAGGAGGUGUAUCCAGAAGAUGAGCACCCGACGGGCAAGCCGCUGGAUCUUGAAGCUCCUGUUGACCAGAAGCACCCCAAGUCGACGGCGUCGUCGAUGCUAUGA